AUGGCUGAUGGACCACCUCCUCCUCCUCCUCCACCCCCUCAUUGGACUCCGCCGAAAACUUCCGGUCUGCCACCAGGUAAUUAUGAUAUUUUCAUCAUUCCACCCCAUGCUUCGGGAUCAGGGUUCCUCUAUUUACCUUCACUACAACCAAAUAUCAAUAGUUUCGUAGCGGGGUUUGCAUCUGCACUGGUGCUUGUCGCAUUAACUUUCAUACUUAAACCUCUCUUGAAUACGAUCAAAGGAGGUGGAGGUCCAGCGACAUUGAUUCUUAUGUUUGCAAUUGGACUGGGAGCAUGGGCAUUAGGGCGAAUGCAAUCGAACGGUGAAAGCAGGCCCGGACCAAGUCAAGAACCCGGUGUACCUCCGCAUGGUGGAUCACACUCAGGUACCAAUAAUAAUACAUAUUCUAAUGGAUCGGCUUCAGGCGGUGGGCCACGAACGUCAGGAACUGGAUUUUCACCAGGAUCCACAUCAGAGGAGGCUGGGGGACCGCCACCUAAUCCGCAGGCCGGAGCAGGCGCAAGACAAAGAGAAAGUUCAGGUUGGGAAGAAACUCCUCCCCCAUCCCCUGGUGCUGAUCCAGAAAUGCCGGGCGCAACACCCAGGGCAACCCCUGGCACAACACCUGGCGCAAACGAAGAUAAUCGAUCGAAAGAAAAUGCCUCGAAAUCUGCAUGGGAGGAAGCUCGAGAGAGGACUAGGAGGAAGGAAGAGGAGAAAAGGAAGAUAGAGGCUGAGAGGAAAAGAAAGGAAGACUUGGAGAAGCGGUUGAGGGAAUUACGAGCAAAAGAGGCUCUGGAACGAGCAUCCCGCGAGAAGAAGCAAAGAGAAGAACGUGAGGCUAGGGAAAGAAAGGAAAGAGAGGAGCGGGAAGCUAAGGAAAGAAGAGAUAGAGAAGAACUAGAGGCUCGGGAAAAGAGGGAGAGGGCGGCGCGAGAGAAGGAGAGAGAGGAAUGGGAAAGGAGGGCGAGAAUGGACAGAGAGGAACAAGAGGCACGAGAGAGGAAGGCAAAAGAAGACCGAGAAACUCGAGAACGAAUUCAAGCAGAGGCUGAGGCUAAAGCAAGAGCGAACUACGACAGGAGGUUGAGAGAGGAGAUAGCAAGAAGAGAAGUUCUGAGGAAAGAGGAGGAAGCCAUUAAAAGGGAGCAAGAAAAACUACGAUUAGAAGCUAUGGCUAGGGUGGAAGCCGAAAGGAAAGCCAGAGCAGACAAGGAAAAUGCAGACGCCGAGGCGAAAGCAAAAGCAGAAAAGGCAAAAGCUGCUGCGAAAGCAUGGGCUGGUGCUAAGGCCGCAGCAGCAGCCAAAAGAGAGGCCAAAGCUAAACUAGAGCGAGAAAAGGAAGUGGCGGCGCAAAUAAGAGAAGUCAGACUCAAAGAAGAGCGAGAAAGGGAAGCAGAGGCGCAAGUAAUAGAAGUCAAACUUAAAGAGGAGCGCGAGAAGGCAGCAGCGGCGCAAAUAAGAGAAGUCAGACUUAAAGAACAACGAGAUAGGGAGACAGCAGCGCAAAUAAGAGAAGCCAAACUUAAUGAAGAGCGCGAGAAGGCAGCAGCGGCGCAAAUAAGAGAAGUCAGACUUAAAGAACAGCAAGAUAGGGAGACAGCGGCGCAAAUAAGAGAAGUCAAACUUAAUGAAGAGCGCGAGAAGGCAGCAGCGGCACAAAUAAGAGAAGCCAAACUUAAUGAAGAGCGAGAGAAGGCAGUAGUGGCGCGAAUGAGAGAAAUCAAACUUAAUGAAGAACGAGAGAAGGCAGCAGCCAUAGCCGCAGCAGAGGAGAGGAAACCGAAUACUUAUUCUUAUGCUAGUGUGGGAGAGAGAAUGAACCCUUGGCCAAAUGGAAAACCCCCCACGGCAACACCAGCUUCUCCAACCACCAGUUCGAUACCCCGACCUCAUGCACGAAAUCCCUUACCCAAGAAACCCCCGGUCCCAACUGCAAGAACAACGUAUGCAGGUACCGACAAGGAUGCUCAGUCCCACUCAUCCUAUGCACAACCGCCAAGACCAGCACGAAAAAAGUCCCUCGAUUCAUUGUAUUCCGACUCUUCAUACGCAGCCUCACAAUCGACAAGCAAAACCACCCCUCCACCUUCGACACGAGGUGCAUAUAGCACCAAGGAUCCUGAUAAGAUUGUUAUCAAAGGGGUAUUCGCAUUCAAUAAUGCAUUCCACAAAACCCCUACAUCUCAACUUCUCUCGGGUAUGGGUUCUGUAACCGACGGACUGAUAUUAAGAAUCACAACCGAGGGUCUCUUCAUCGAUGAUGAUGUGCGAGGUGUCGCUCAACGAGAGUGGGACGUCAAGGCAUGGACAAUGAAACUCGUAGAGGUAUGGUGCCCAUCGUUCCGACAAGCAUCGCGUGUUCCUCCCGCUACUACUGCCCAUAAAAACCCCGUCCGACGUCUUUGGGGCCUCGAUAAAGAAUUAGGGGCAAGUGAAGAAGAGAAAGAUGAUCUUCUCGUUAGCAUGCUGCAACUUUGUCGGGAUAAUUGUCGCGCGCGUGCGAUUUCUGGUUCUUCCGCUGCGCCUUCUGCUAGUGGUUCCGUCUAUUCUGCGAGUUCAUAUGCUUCAUCUGAUACACGCUCGUCUGUUUCAUCUGAUUACGCUGAUUCCAUUGGCUCGUCUCAAUCUUCGUAUGGCGAGAAGCACAAGCGAAACACAAACCAUAAUGCGCAGACGAGUCAGAAUAAGACAGCCGGCUUACAUAUCUUGAGAGCAAGUAUCAGGGAUCAAGAGGGGAAGAAAUAUGUUUUUGUGGUGCAGGAGGGUGAGGCUUGGAAGGUGGCAUUGGGGUUGCAGAGAUUGAGGAGGGGUACUCAGGUGAGGAGUUUGGGGGUUAGUGGCAUGAGUCCAAAUGAUGCGAAGGCGAUGCUAGAAAACUUGGGUUGGAUGUGA